AUGAUUUCUCAACUGGACAUGAUUCAAGCUACCCUUGGAAUAGCUGAGAAGAAGACACAGCUUUCUGAGUCAGAGGAAGCGUUCUUUGCCAGCCUGAAAGAUGCUAGCUACCAUGGGACGGAGGCAUUGGAUGAGUACUACUACGAAGUUCAACGCCGCAAGGUGAUCCACCAUUUUGCCAAUCUGCGUAAUAGCCCUGUAACUUCUGUCUUGAAUCCUCUACGUGUACAGUUUAGGCAUGACAUGGAAAAGAAGAUUAAGGAUUUCGCCGAGAGAAUUGAUAGUAUCAGAAAUAUACCAGAAAUGUACUCGGCCUUCCAAGCACGUGGUGGUGGGCAUGAGCCGACCUCCCUGCUUCCUCCAACCGUGGUGUGUGGUCGACAUGAUGAUCAGGAGAAGAUUCUAGAGAUGCUUCUUCAAUCUGAUCUGAAGCCCACCAAUGUUGCAGCAGUCUUGCCAAUAGUGGGGGAGACUUAUAUUGGGAAGACAACUGUGGCUCAGUUAGUCCUCAAUGCCGAGCGUGUAUCGAAGCACUUUGAGUUGAAGCUGUGGGUUCAUGUGUCACAUGAGUUCAAUAUAGAAAGGAUCACUUCAUCUAUCAUAGAAUCCAUAGAAGGCCUUCCAUUUCAAUGUGAUAACCUCAACACGCUCCAUACGAGGCUGGAACGGCUGUUGCGAGGAAGAAGGUACCUCCUUGUCCUGGAUGACUACUGGAAUGAGAACUGGCAGGACUGGGAUAAACUCAAACGUUCAUUUCUCAGCGGUGAUCCAGGAAGCAAGAUCAUAGUGACAACAAGGAGUGAAAAUGUUGCUCGACUUCUUGGUACAUUGGGUUUGGGUCCACUUAAGUUGCAACAUCUAAAAGAAGAGGACUGCUUGUCAUUAUUCAGCCAGUGCGCCCAAGGCACAGAGCAUCAAGCACAUAAUUCUGGAAAUGUCCUAGACACAAGACUGAAGGAAGAAGUUUUACGGAAGUGCAAGGGUGUACCCUUCAUAGCAGCAAGUUUAGGACACACCAUUAGACUGCGCCAGGAGAACGACAGAAGCAAGUGGGUAGAUAUUUUGCGAGAGGAGAAAUGGGAUUCCAGUACCAGUCAUUUCAACAAAGCCCUACGACUGAGCUAUGUAGAGCUAGAUUACCAUCUCAAGCCUUGUUUUGCAUACAGCUCCAUUAUUCCAAAAAAGUUUCAGUUUGAUAAGCAAUGGCUUAUCAAGCAUUGGAUGGCUCAGGGCUUUAUACCUGACACCAGCGACGAAACAAUUGAGGACACUGGAAGAGCUUACUUCAGAUCUUUAGUUAGUCAAUCUUUUUUCCAGAUAAGACAUGUUGACCGCACUGGAGAAGAACACAGAUACAUCUUGUCAGAAAUGAUGCACGAUCUUGCUUCACAUGUCUCAGGUGCGGACUGUGGAAGUUAUGUGAUGGGACAACCUUACAACAUUCCAGAGAGAGUCCGGCAUUUAACAGUAGUCUUCAACAAGGAUGUGAGUGAAGACAUGUUUCAGGUGAUUUCCUGUGGCAAGUUCUUGCACACAUUGAUAGCUUUGGGUGGUUCUGAGGAUUUGAAUCUAAAGAUCCCUGAUGACAUUGAUAAGAAAUAUACAAGGCUACGAGCUUUAGAUCUAAGUCAUUUUGGUGUAACUAUUCUGCCUAAAUCGAUAGGAAAACUGAAGCAUCUUCGGUGUCUCCAGCUUCAAGGCACCAAGAUCAAAUGCUUACCCGAGUCAAUUUGUGUCCUAUACAAUCUCCAAACACUGGGACUCAGAAACUGUUAUGAUCUGGAAGAGUUGCCACAUGAUUUAAAGAGCCUUUGCAAGCUAAGUCAUAUUGAUCUGCUAAUGACUCGUGAUCCUCGCCACAAUGUCUGCAGCUUGAGGUGUAUGCCCAAGGAUAUAGGGUUGCUGACGAAUCUUCAAACCCUGUCAAGAUUCGUCAUAAGCGAGAGGUCUAUUGUCCACACCCACAGAGGUGGUAUAGGGGAGUUGGCCAAGUUGAACGAUCUCCGUGGGGAACUUCUCAUUUCAAAUAUGCAUCUUGUUAAGGAUGUGCAGGAAGCCAAACAGGCUCGAUUGGCUUCCAAGCGGUUCCUCCAGAAGCUGGAGCUUUCAGGGAGCAACGAAGCUGAGCAAACAGUUGGGACACCCACCAGUAUCGGGUUGGCUUCCAAGAAGAUUUUCCAAAAGUUAAAGCUUUCCUCUAGCAGCAACAAUAAUGAAGAAGCUGAUGAGAAAAUAUUAGAUCACCUAAGGGCACCCAUCAGCAUCAAGGAGCUUACCAUUUCAGGUUACACCGGCAUGGCAUGCCCUAGCUGGCUUGGUUCUGCUUCUGCAGGCUACACGAACCUGGUCACUGGUUGGGAUAGCUUGGUCUCUAUCAGCUGCAGUGAAUUUUGUGGUGACUGCUUUGGGGAAGAUGGAGUACGGAAAGCUAGCUUCCGAUCACUAAAGAAGCUGCAUUUGGAGAGGAUGGACAGACUGCAACGUUGGGAUGGGGAUGGGAAAUGUGCCCUCCCUAGUCUUCUUGAGCUUGUUCUUGAGAAUUGCUGCAAGCUGGAACAAGUGACUCACAGCCUUCCUUCACUGACGAAGCUAACAGUGGAAGGGUCAAUUCAUUUUCGUGGACUUCGGAAUUUCCCAUCUCUGAAGCACGUGAACCAACUGCAGUAUAUACCAGAGGAUUGGCCACCAUGUAAUCUGACUCACCUCUCUGUGAGGCAUUGUCCUCUGCUUCGUGAACUGCCAUGGGGCAUAGAACGCCUGGAAGCAUUGGAAGACAUGGAGAUUGUUUCUUGUGGGAAGCUUACUUACCGUCCGAACAUGGAUGGUCUUCAUUCGUUAAUAAGACUUGAGAUUUCAGACUGUGGUUCCAUUGAGUCCCUGCCAAAUAGAGGCCUGCCUAGCUCAGUGCAGGUCGUGAGCAUUAACAACUGCCCUCUGCUUGCACGGUCUUGCAUGAAUGAGGGAAGUGCGGAUCGUGCCAAGAUCAAGAGGAUACUAGUAUGGAUUGAUGGACAUGAAGUGUCUGCUUCUGCUGACUUAUCGAUGGACGUCUUCUACCAUGGAAGUUGGAACCCAACGAUGGUUAUUAGGGCAGGUGCAGUGGCGGAUCCAGAAGCCGAGCAAGGGGGGGCUAAAUAA